UCAACUAAAUGUCAAUUCACAAUAACUAUUAUACCCAUUGGUUACAACAACUUGAAGGUUAUCUCAUGGUACCUAUCAAUAUUCAAAAAAGUGGAGAGUAGCAAAUGUGAAGGUUUAAUCAUACUAUAUUGUUUUUUGGAACACAUAAAACAAGUCAAGCUGAACAUGUGGUUCAAAGAAAUUUGGAAGAUUUUGCUGUUUACGUCAUUAUGUUUACAAAUAUCAUUGCAAGUAAAAAGGCAGAAAACAUCAGUUAUAUCUGACAUCAAUGAUAUCAAAGAGUUUAAGAAAUUAUUAAGAUCCAAGACAAAUGUUUUGGUACUUUAUGUUAAUAACAAUCGGUCCUCGCAAAACGUUUCGGACAUGUUCAAAGAUGCUGCAGAUAAUAUGAAAGGACAAGCAACAUUAGUCACUAUUGACUGCAGCGGCAGUGAAGGCAAAAAGCUUUGCAAGAAGCUAAAAGUGUCAUCAGAUUCACCUUACAGUAUUAAGCAUUACAAGGAUGGGGAUUUCCACAAGGACUAUGACAGAGGAGUUACUGUUAGUGCAAUGGUGAAUUUCCUUAGAGAUCCCACAGGUGAAUUGCCGUGGGAAGAAGAUCCACAAGCGACUGACAUCAUGCACAUUCUGAAUGGAGAGGCGUUGACCAAGUUUCUGAAAAAAGGGAUAGCUACUUACAAAAAAGCAAUGGUAAUGUUCUAUGCGCCAUGGUGUGGAUAUUGCAAAUCUCUAAAACCAGACUAUGUUGCCGCUGCUGGUGAUUUAAAGGGUGAAGCAAUCCUUGCUGCCAUUGAUGUGUCAAAACCAGGAAAUUCAAAGAUAAGGCAAUUGUACAAUAUUACUGGAUUCCCAACGCUUCUGUUUUUUUCGAAAGGACAGUAUCGUUUCCCAUACAACGGCGAUAAUAAGAGACAAGCAAUAGUGGACUUUAUGAGGGAUCCAUCCUCGCAGCUGCAGAAGAAGAAAGAGGUGGUGGACGACAGUUGGUCUGAGGACACGGAUGUGGUGCAUUUGACAGCGGACACGUUCGACAGCGUGCUAGCGAAAGCCGAUAACGCUUUAGUGGUGUUCUAUGCGCCCUGGUGUGGCCACUGCAAACGUAUAAAACCGGAGUUGGAAAAGGCAGCCACCAAGCUCAAAGAGCAAAAGAUUAAAGGCUUGCUAGCAGCUGUCGACGCGACUAAGCAACCCGAACUGGCCUCCAGGUUCGGUGUGAAGGGAUACCCGACGCUCAAGUACUUCAGCAGGGGCGAAUUUAAGUACGAUGCGGGGCACGCGCGUCAGGAACAUCAAAUUAUCGAUUUUAUUAAGUCGCCGCAAGAGCCGCCGCCACCCCCGCCGCCCGAAAAGCCCUGGAGCGAAGAGGAGAGUGCCGUUCGCCACCUCGACGCCGCGUCCUUCAGAAAUACACUGCGCAAGAUCAAGCACGCCGUUGUCAUGUUCUAUGCGCCCUGGUGCGGACAUUGUAAGAGUACCAAACCAGAGUUCACUGAAGCCGCAGAGCAAUUCGCUGAUGAACUGAUGGUGGCAUUCGCCGCGGUCGACUGUACAACACAGCAGGAGUUGUGUUCUAACUACGACGUCAAAGGGUACCCCACACUCAAGUACUUUAGCUACUUCGACAAGCUUGUGCAGGACUACAGUGGAGGGAGGAAGAAAGUGGACUUCGUGUCAUUCAUACAAGGUCAAUUGAGCGAACACCGGGCGCAGCAUACAACGAAGACCAAUCAGGAUGCAGGAUUUGGCGUGAACGUGCAACUAGCCGGUGAUGCCGACUUCCAAGACAUCAUCGCUUCACCGAACCCGACUUUUGUCAUGUUUUAUGCCGUGUGGUGUGGACAUUGUUCGACAGUCAAACCAGCGUACAGCCGCUUGGCAACCGCUCUCAAAAACGAAAACAGUCCGAUAAAAGCAAUAGCAGUGGAGGCGGCGGACAAUCAAAAAGUUGCAGACUUUGCCGGCGUAGAGACCCUGCCGACGUUCAAGAUUUACGCCAAUGGGAAGUUGUUGGCAACUUACGAAGGCGAUCGAUCAAUGGAGGAUAUGCUCAGCUUCUGCAAAUCACAUCUGAAGGCGUAGCAACUGCAUUAUGACGUAUAAUACUUGCGCUAACAUCUUAUGUUAUGACGAGAAGAGAGGUUCAGAACACGCCAGUGAGAACAUUCAGUCAAGUAUAUGAUUAGUUAGUUUUCUCAUAUUUUAUUGUAUUUAUGGGAUAGAAGUAAUCCUAACUUAAAGUUAUGUAUGCGCCAGUGUUUUUUUUGUUUGUUUGUCCUUUAUUCAAGCACUAACCAAGCAAUAUAACAAAUGGAUUUUUAUAGAGUUAGUUGAAAGGACAGAGAGUAACAUAGGAGAGUAAUAUUCAUAAAAAAAACCUUAAAAAGUGUAAGCAACAUCUAGUUUCAUAAUACAGUUUAGUUUAUUUAACCAUUGUUUGCUUAUAGUUUGCAGUACACGUACAUGCUAUUUUAGUAACUAUGUGGAAAUUAACUAAUACCACCUUAUUUCAAUUAAGACAUAUUUGAUUUUACUUUAAGUACAAUCAAGAAAAAAGCUUAAUCUUAACAUUAUAUAGUGUUAGUCAUCAGAAUCCUCGAAUGUCUAUGUGAGUUUAUUUAGAAAAGUUUUGAAGUCAAUUCAGAGUGACGUGAAUAUAAAAGAGUUUCUUGGGUGUUCAAUCUCCAGAGAUUUUUCAACUACGCGAGAGAUAUUUUAGUGCACAAGUGUGUGCGAAAACACUGGUGUCCCCUCUUUUCCCUCACUCUCAUAGACCGAUGGAAUGGCAGCUAGGUAAGAUGGCAUAAAUUGGAAAAAUUGUCCUAAUAUAUGAGUAAUAUAAAAGUAUUUGGGUAGGCAGUGCUUUUGUGCAUGUAUGAAGUGCACGCCGCUGGGGCUGUCAAACAAUCUUAGAAUGCAUCAUCUUUAACCACCAACUGAUAAGAUGUGAAUGCACGAAUAAAAAGAAAAAACUUUUCAGGACCAAAAUACUGAGAGACUAAUGGGUUUUAGUUUCAAAACGCAAAUGUAGCUCAUAAUUUACUAAAAAAAAUUAAAUAACUCACAGUUCACUACAUUUUAAAUA